AUGAAGGCCACUUUCCUCUCCACCCUCGCGGCUUUAAUUAGUCUGCAACCAACAUGGGCAGAAAAUGCCCCCUUCUACACAUGGCCGAAUGUACAUUCGACAGGCAGAACAUCAAAGGUCGAAAUCUUGACACAUAUCGAGACCCGGUUGUCCCUGGCCGCCAGGCUCGGCCUUUCGCAGUAUCAUACAAUCGGUGAUGGCGUCAAUAUCUACAAGCUGCAGAUGGUAUCCAGCUCUUCUCAUAGGUCAUGGAUUGAGAAAACCGAUGUCGAUGGUACUGUAGUAGUGACGGUUGGAGGGGUUGGGAGUCCAGAUGCAUUUUGGACUGAAACGCCUACAUUCGAAAUCGAGGACUCGCCGCCGUUUACCGACGUGGGUACUCUGCUUAAGAAACUAGAAUCGCAAGCUGGGAAUAUGAUGGAGUCGGAAGAGAAGUCACUAUACAGCAACGCUAAAGGUGGCUUCGUAGACGUCGUCUCACCGGUUCGAAAAACUGGAAUCGAAAUAUCCGCAGACUACAACGAAUGGUCCAACUUUGAAUCCGCCGUCGGCAAAUCCGAUGCCUCCAAAUUCAACAAGAAAAAAGCCAGUGAUAUCGAUUUUUUCGAAGAAUACAUGGUUCUAAAAUCUCUUGCCGAGAAGACUAUCGAACAAGUUAUCGCCGAAAAGGCCACAAUCUUCAUUCACAUUGGCUCUCUAUCGACUAUCGCCAGCAAGGACGGCACCAACUCUCAAAAGUACCAGGUCGCUUCGAAACUUAUGGGUAGAAUCCUCAACCAGGUCGUCAAGGCGACUGGCGAGUACCCAUCAGUCGUCGGUUUGAUCCCAGUGGACUCCAAAACCACAAAGCGAAGCGACAACGUGGAUUUCGUCGGCAGCUUUGACAUCAAGAAAUCAAAGCGCAAGGAGGCGCCCCUGGUUCCAAACACCGAACCCAAGUUCGCUUCAAACAAAGAGGAUACGUCCGUUGUCACCCCGCUCCAAAAGAACACCAACAAGAUCGCCCGUCCGAGACCAGGAUGUUUCGAAAAUCGUGAUGUCUGUGGAAACCGCACCAACAACUGUAAUGGCCGUGGUAAUUGCAUCAAGUCCACGACACAGUCAAAUUGCUGGAGCUGUAUUUGCACGCCAACGGUUGUUAAGGUUGGUGGAGCGAACAAGACCACCUACUGGGGUGGAAACGCUUGCCAAAAGAAGGACGUUAGUGUUCCCUUCGUAUUGUUUGUUACAUUUACCAUCGGUAUGCUCCUUGGCAUCGGAUGGACAAUCAACAAGAUGAUCGAUCUGGGCGCAGAGGAGCUACCCGGUGAACUAUCAGCCGGUGUGGCGCUUGUGAGGAAGUAA